UCUGUCUCUCUCAGUGCUGCAAGAGUGAACUGCGAAGGUGUCAGAGAGAGAGAGGAGAGGGAGCAUCGGAAGACCACUCAGAAAAUACUCUAACGCAACUACGAGCUUCAGACAGGGUAAGCAUGAGGGCAGCGUGGCUCUGGACGUGGGUUGCGGCAGGGGCGUGUGCUGCCACCGCUGUCUUGGAACACACAGUCGUCGACGGUCACCAUCCGGAUGAUGUCUCGACAUCCUUUACUUCUGCUGAAGUUGAUUCCAUCGCCCGCAGUCAACAGGGUGCACACAACGCCAUGACAGCUAAUCAGAGAAUAGCAAGUUGGCUGGAAAAGCUGGAAAAGCUAGACUGGAGAGUUUUGGUGAGCGAUCCUUCCUUCAGAGACUUCCUGAAGAAGGAAGUAUUGCGGUCGGUUGUCCCAACCUAUGGCCAGUACGACGCCAUCAUCGACGAGGCUGUUGAGGCUGCAGAGAGGCUCCAGAAACAAUCUGGGGGUGACCUGCAAAAGAUUGCAGAAGAGGUAGUGGCGGAGGCGGAAGUUCGGGGACUGAGACAAGAGAGAGCGGCAUCACUCCGGCACCUGUACAAUGUAGUGACCCAGCGAGCCAAUGGACAAGUUCAUGACAAGGGUUUUUACGGAGAACAAGGUGAAAGGGAAUCUUCGAGGCAAUACAGUCACAUCCCUUACAACAAUUACUACUAUGCUCCAUUAUCUACCAUACCCAUGAAUGACAUGGUAGAAAUUUUCAGUGCACUAAAUCCUGGUUAUAGUGCAGACACCUCUUCAUUCAACGACCGGUCUUCCUACAACCAACCACCAAAGCCCUCUGGGUACGGCCAACCCCAUACCUCCCCCAAGCCUCCUCCAGUCAUCGAGGUGUGUCCGUCAGGUCACAGCGGAGUGUUUUCCUUCUUCGCCUUCCUCACCCUCCUCCUCACCCUCAUGAUCGACUUCACUCUCAACAUAAACAUCAAUGCCACAGGAAUAGGCGGCAUUGGCAUCGGUGGCGGCAACAAUAACAACAACAAUAACAAUAACAACAAUAACAAUAACAACAAUAAUAAUAAUAACAACAACAACAACAACAACAUGAAGCGAGGUUUUACUACGAUAGUCAACAGUUUUGGUGGUCUGGACAUAGACUGGGCCUCGGUGUCUGAUCUGAGCCUCAUCGACCCCACCGUGACGCGUGAUGGCGAUGGACAGUCUCGCAGGCCCCGCCAUAUGUCACCUCAUGCUCAGCAAAUUAAAGGAAGAAGAUUCAUCACAGCCUUCGAUAUUUGGAGAGAUGCUUACCCUCUUGGCUCUAUCUUUGCAUCCCCUCCUGAACCAGAGGAGGACCCGCCCAUACAAGAUCACCAGAGUGAUCUGUAUGGUAUUACAACUCUCACCAACUACAGCUAUUCCUUUACCUCUCAUCACUCGCCAUCUACUGGCCUGUUCAACUCGCCUCCGUCGAUGCGACUUAACGAAGAAAAAAAGACAAAAAAGAUAAGUGAAAAUAUUGAUCAAACACUGGCCAUGAAAAACGAUGCUGAGAGAACAGAUUCGUUUGCUAAUAGGUCAGAGGUCACAGUGUUAGUGAGUGCGAUGGACUUGGAAUCAGAGGGCGAUAGUAACUGGCAUCGGUUGCAGGAAAUGGUCGAGGCAGAAAUGAAAAGAAAAUCUUUAAAUACAGAAGAGAAAACCUCGAAGAACACGACUGACAUUCAUGGAGAAGGAUCCAGUCAAAAACGAUCAAAACGGUGGCAGGACGCAGGACAAGGGAGCUUCGAGCACUACGAGUCGUUUAUUCUCCCCGGCAACAAGGUGAGUCUUCAGCGAUGGUGUACUGGCGGCUUCGAGUGUCAGGGGGCAGCAGUGAGGGCAGCCUUCCAGAUAAUGCGCGGACACAUGCUGGCACUAGCCGAGACCCGUCAAGACUGCGUGCUGCGGCUGCUGUGCGAUGCUGCUGCCCAAGCCGCUGCUGAAGGCGCUGUUGGGGCCAUGGCCGCCACUUUGGCCAGUGGGUUGGCCAGCCAGUUCCCAGAGGUAGUGGGCGGCGUGGACAUGCGGGCGCUGCUAACAGCGAGGAACGUUGGUCUCCGCACGACCGACUGCUCCAGGUUCCAAGCGUCAGGAUGCCACGUAGCUGGAUUUAAGCCCAGUAGACGUGAACAUUGAGACUACUGUACCAUGUCGCUGAAACUCGCUAUGACUUACUUUUCUAUAUUAACAACGUACCACGCUGAUGUCUGUAUGUCUCAAAAAUUGUAAGCCUACUACUGGUUCAAUAAAUAAAAGGAGU